GAUCUGUUCGCCGUUUGUUUCCUGCUACAGAGAAAAGCGGUGUCGAGACUGACCGGGAAGGCUGAACAACACCACCUCAUUCUAUAACCACAGUAUACAAUGAAACUGUUAGCAAUAUCUCCAUCUUUGGAUAUCCGUCUCGCCACUGUUAUACUGCUGGUGAUGGGCCUCUCUACUCCAGGGCAAACAGAAAUCGUCAGUUUGGACUCAUCCAACAUCGACGAUGUCCUAAAUAAUGCUGGUGUAGCCUUAGUCAACUUUUACGCAGACUGGUGUAGAUUUAGUCAAAUGCUCCAUCCGAUUUUUGAAGAGGCGUCAAACAUUGUGAGGGAGGAGUUCCCUGAUACCAAGCAGGUGGUGUUUGCUCGAGUCGAUUGUGACCAACAUUCCGAUAUAGCUCAGCGUUACCGCAUUACCAAGUAUCCAACGCUGAAGCUAUUUCGCAAUGGAAUGAUGAUGAAGAGGGAGUACAGGGGUCAGAGGUCAGUGACAGCCAUCGCUGACUUCAUCCGUCAGCAGCAGGUCAACCCAGUUAAGGAGAUGCCCUCCAUUGAGGAGGUUAAUACCAUAGAUAGAAGCAAAAGAAACAUUAUCGGAUACUUUGAGACAAAGGACUCUGAUAACUAUCACACUUAUGAAAAAGUUGCCAACAUCCUGCGAGAUGACUGCACCUUCUUAGCCGCGUUUGGUGCCGUGUCACAGUCUGAGCGCUUCAGCGGAGACAAUGUAAUCUACAAACCUGUGGGCGAGGGCGUUCCUGACCUGGUCUACCUCGGCUCCCUCACCAACUUCGACCUGACAUACGCUUGGGCUCAGGACAAGUGCGUGCCUCUAGUUAGGGAGAUCACCUUUGAAAAUGGCGAGGAGCUGACAGAAGAAGGGCUUCCCUUCCUUAUCUUGUUUCAUCUUAAAGAAGACUCGGACAGUUUAGAAAAGUUCCAAAAUGAAGUUACCCGACAGCUAAUCAGUGAGAAAGGGUCUAUAAACUUCCUUCAUGCGGACUGUGAUAAGUUCCGCCAUCCUCUGCUCCACAUCCAGAAAACCCCUGCUGACUGUCCUGUCAUUGCAAUCGACUCGUUUAGGCACAUGUAUGUCUUCCCUGAUUUCAAAGACCUCGCUGUUCCUGGAAAGCUAAAACAGUUUGUUUUGGAUCUUCACUCUGGAAAGCUUCACAGAGAGUUCCACCAUGGUCCUGACCCCACAGACAGCACGCCUGGACAGGAGGAAACAGGCAAAGAAGUGGCCAGCAAUCCCCCAGAGAGCUCAUUCCAGAAGCUGGCACCAAGUGAGACCCGCUACACCAUCCUCAGACGGGACCGUGACGAGCUGUGACCUGAACAGCCUUUCAGAGAUCCUGAGACUCAAUGCCACGCCCCGGGGUCAGGGAGGGGGUCAGGGUUGGGACAGGCCAGCAGGACAGAAGAAUAACACCCAACACCCUUACUAGAGAAAUUGAGAAUGGACAAGAAGGAAGACUGAAAAGUUAACAAACGAAGAUCAUAAAGCGGUGGGGGGGAGGGAGAAGGAGAGCGCAGUCCAUAACACAACAAUGUUGGAGUAAUCUAUAUUUUCAUAACUUAACCAUGCAAUUUUUUAUUUUGAAUCAGCAGGAUUGGUAAUAAGAAGCAGAUGUGUUUGGUCAGGGGGUAUGGGGCAUUUAGGACUUAAAGAGAAGUUUUAUUUCUUUGGAGGUUGUAAAUAUGUUUGCUAAGUUGGAAUCACAAUAUCGGUCUAAGUUAAAUGCAGAGUUUUCUUUAUUUUAUUCAGUCUCUUUUUCAUGAUGAUCAACGAACUGUCCUCACUCCAUUUGUACGGUCCUGAUCUGUGGUUUAUUCAAAUUUAGCCUGGUCUCCAUACAAGAUGAUCCUUAAAUAUCAUUAACCUCAUGGCUGCAUCUCAACACGAUCAACUUCUGUCUGAUUUCAUUUAUAGAGCACACGUAAAAAAAAGAAAGAAAAAAUACCUGUUUAAAGUAGCUUUAUUUUAAUUUCUUUUCAUCAUACCGACAUUAAAAACAGCUUGUAGGAGUAGCAACAUUUCUAACUGAGACAAGAAACUGAGCUAUUCCAUCCUUUUGUAAUAUGCCUUUUUUCCUCUCUCUGGUACUGUUUGUAUUUUGGUUAUGGCUAAUGAGGUCUGUUCAGAUGCUAAUGAGAAUACCCUUUAGAUAUUUUUAUGUUCUACUUUUUACAGUACGGUGCCACAUUGGACUUAAUUAAUCAAUUUAUUUCAAGCUAAUCAGACUUUCCCUGGACAACCCAAUUAAGAUUUCUGCUAUAACACAAAAUCCCAAACCAUUAAUCAGCAAUUAAAAUAGCCGGUAAUGGCAGCAUCAUGAUGUGGGGAUAAAGCUUCAUUUGAGUUAAAGACCCGAAUUCUUUUCAAAUAAGUCGCAGAGAGAUUAUAAAAGGCUUCUACAUGAUUUCCAUUAAUAUCAUGAAUUUGUGUAUUUGUUGUCUGUGUGCCCUUAUGGUUGGGGGUGGGGGACAUUAAGAGUCGAGCAUUUUUAGGAGGAAACCCCACACGGUAAAAAUGGUGGAAAUGAAGCCUGCCACUUUGUACGAUUUUUUUUUUUUAACUGCAUUUGUCUCUACGUCUAUAAGGUUUUCUCAAAUUUCAGAGAAUCAAGACGUCGGUUUGAACAUGCUUGUAUCGGGGGUGGGGCUCAUUUGUGUUGCGUGUCCUAACCUUCAAUGUAGGACUAGCAUUGAGACAUAUCUGCCCACAUACAAAGAAACAAGGGGGGUAGGGGGUCUGAUGCCAUAUUUCAAUCACUCAUCUCAGAGGUGAAUGAGAACAAAAAAAAUAGAUAAAAGGAAAUAAAAAAGGUUUUACAGA